AUGUCCGCUCUAUUUCGAACUGCGUCGGCGGCUCCUGCCAAGAAGGAUGUGGAAGUUGCGAACUUGCCUGAGGAUUCCAUCUCGUCCUUGUCCUUCUCACCUGUUGCAGACUAUCUCGCGGUAGGCAGCUGGGACAACAAUGUGCGCAUAUAUGAGGUCGGAGCGGAUGGACAAACACAGGGCAAGGCGAUGUAUAGUCACCCUGCGCCAGUGUUGGACGUAUGCUGGAACAAGGCUGGCACGCAGAUCAUCUCAGGUGGUGCAGAUCAUGCUGCGCGCUUGUACGACGUGUCUACGGGCCAGUUCCAGCAAGUGGCGGCGCAUGAUGCACCUGUGAAGUCUGUAAGGCUAUUUGAGUCGCCGCAAGGAACUAUCCUUGCUACCGGUGGCUGGGAUAAAAUGCUGAAGUACUGGGACCUGAGAACGCCGCAACCUAUCGCCACAAUACAACUCCCAGAAAGGUGCUACACUAUGGACGCUGUCUAUCCGCUACUCGUCGUUGGGACUGCCAACCGAGGACUCGAGGUCUUCAACUUGACGAAUCCUAACAAGGCCUUCAAGUCGUACACAUCGCCCCUCAGGUGGCAGACCCGCGUAGUGACCUGUUUCCAUUCAGCAGAUGGCUUUGCCAUUGGUAGCGUCGAGGGCCGGGUGGCGAUGGAAUACAUUGACGAAAAGUCGAAGGACAAAGCAUACACCUUCCGCUGCCACAGGAAGGAAAUCACCAAGUCAGACUACAUGGUGAAUGCGGUCAACUCUGUCAUUUUCCAUCCGAAACAGCAGAGCGCGUUCGUUACAUGCGGCUCCGACGGUGGUAUCGUAUGCUGGGAUCGAGAUGCGCGCACGCGUUUGGCCGCUUUUGAUAGUCAGGCGGGCUCAAUCUCCGCGUCCGCGUACAACCACACUGGGUCGAUACUCGCGUACGCUGUGUCUUACGAUUGGCACAAGGGCUACUCCGGGAUGACGCCUACGACGCCUAAUAAGCUCAUGCUGCACUCGGUCAACGAGGAUGAGAUCGUGAAGAAGGGUGCGCGCCGUUGA